CAGAUGUAGAGUGCGCUUUAGAACAAUUCGUCUUUUUACGCAGACGGUCCUGAAUGCUUGAAUUUCAUUGAAUUUGACAUGUUUGCUUGUGUAUAGUCGUGUUUACAUUGCCAAAGGUUUUCCUGCACACAAUGACAAAAACGUCAAAGAAGUGGUCAUCGGAACGCAUAAUAAAGUUUUUGGAAGCAUACGAACAAUAUCCAUGCCUGUGGAACCACAAACUUCCAUCGUAUAAAGAUAAAAGUAAAAGAGAUGAAGCAUUGAGAAAAAUUGUUGAGGUUAUGUCUGAUCCUGAAUUGAACGUAAACUCUGCAAAAGCCAAAAUACGCAGUAUUCGAAAUGCCUAUACAUUAGAGCAUCAUAAAGUUUUAAAAUCUUACAAAAAUGGAAUAUCUGGAGACAUAUACAAACCAACGGUAUGUUGGUUUUCUGUAGCUGAUCGAUUUCUGAAAGGAAUUGUGGAAACAAGAGAUACAAAGAAUGCUUCGGAAUUGCCAGAGUUACGUGGAUUACAAGGACAUAUUGAAGAAGGUCAUGAAAAUGAGGGAAAUGAAACUUCUUUUCAAAAUCAUUAUCAUUUCGAGGUGGAAGAGACUGCAGCAGAUAAUCAUACUGUCCAUUCACUUGCAUCAUCCACUUCAAAUCAAUCAAUCAAAGAUCCUCAAAAGAUAAUAGCAAAAAGAAAAUUUAUGAAUAAUAAGCAAGAUCACCCUUAUAAACAAGGUAAAUUUAGCAAUAUAGAUGCUGUUGUUCAAGCAGUCAAUACUUUGCAAGACAUAGCACGAAAAGCAGAUGCUCUUCAACCAGCAGUCGAUGAAUUUGAAGCCUUUGGGAAAUCUGUUGCCGCUCAUUUGAGACAACUUCCUAUAACCAUUGCUUUAGAGUGCCAGUGUGACAUAUUACACUACUUAGUUCAGAAAAGAUUAGGCCAAAGAGCCUCAUUUACAACUAUGGUACCACCUUCACAAUAUUCUCAUUUGGUUUCACCUUCGUAUUCUUCACCAACUACCUCAACCUCAACUUCAUGCUCCUAUUUAAUAGAAGACACAUCUACAAACAAUGUCAUUCAACCAUCGACAGAUGGACAACAGUCUAGCAUCAGUGACUAUGAAAGUAAACAUACUGUUCCAAAGCUUGAGAUAAUGUGAAUCAUGUCAGUUUCACAUGUUGUAAGUUGAAAUUGUAAAUGAUACAUAAAUGAAUUAUUACUCAUAUUGUACACUUGUAUGAAAAGAAAAU